ACAAAACAUUCCAAGGGUGUGUUUGGCACGCAGUCCAACCCACUGACACUUAGGGCGUUGCAAUAAAACAAACACAGAAAGAAUUGAAGGAAGCGUAAAUAUGGACAGAAACCCUCAACAAACUGUAAAGCCGUCGAUUUCACUGUGCGUUUCUCUGACGUCAUUACGCACUAACGUAAACAUCCUGCCCACACAUUCGUUGAUACAUAGAACAUAUUGAUAGAACGCACGAUUGUUGGAACUGUGGUGCGUUGGUUCCAUAUUAUCUCAAGAUCUUAGUCGUUUCGAUUACGUAGCAAUGUUUUCUGAAGGUAUUACACAGCGCUGCACCUGCUAAAGCGGUGGUUGCGUAUAUUCUGAAUUCACGUUAAAACAAUUGCGCAUCAAUUAAGUUGGACGAGGUUGUUUUCAGUAAAAGGACAGCCAGGCUGUCUACCUCAGCUACCAAUCACAUGUCGACGGAGGAUCUGUCCACUUCCGACAGCGAAGCUGCCUUCGCGGGAGCCGGGGAGCGCUGGGCGCCCGUGGGAGCCGUGGCCAACCCGGAGGAUGAGCAGUGGAAGAGAGGCACGCAGGCUGGUUCUGUGUCGUCUAGCGAUGCAGACUUGGUAUGCAGGUUGAGGAAGCUGGAGGGCGAGCAGGGGCAGUUGAAUUCAUCGCUCCUCGCGUUAACGUCUCACUUCGCUCAAGUGCAGUUUCGGCUGAAACAGAUUGUCCACGCGCAGAGCGACGAGAAAGAGAGGAUGCUGCUGGAGCUGGAAGAGUUUGCCUUCAAAGGAUGCCCUCAUGUUAUAGGCUGCAGGACACAGGAUGCUCAGAUGCUGGAAAACUCUGAUGAAUUGAGUGAAAGAGAGAAGAGGGAACGCUUGGAAGCUCAGAGAAAGAAGCAGAAGGAGCUGAUUCUCCAGCUGAAGACUCAACUUGACGACCUGGAACGCUUCGCCUACCAGGAGGGCAGCUAUGACUCACUACCUCAGUCUGUGGUCAUGGAGAGACAGAGGGUGAUCAUUGAUGAGCUGAUUAAGAAGCUGGAUGUGAAUCUGAAUGAAGACAUUGGGAACCUCACUCCAGAGGAGCUCCGACAGAGAGUUGACGCCGCUAUAGCUCAGAUAGUCAACCCGGCUCGAGUCAAAGAGCAGCUGGUGGAGCAGCUCAAGACCCAAAUCAGAGACCUGGAGAUGUUCAUUAACUUCAUACAGGAUGAAGUGGGGAACCCUCUGUUAAAUGAUGGUGUGAAGAGCCAGCAGGCCCAUGCUGCCGGACCAAACACUGGAGCCACUGGAGGGAUGAAGCGAGUGGAUCCCGAACAGGCCCAGAGGAUGCGGGAAACCGGGCUUCAGCUGAUCCAGAAAGCCUUAGCGGUGCUGCAGAUCUUUGCACUGAGUCAGUUCGGUUGCGCCGCGGGCCACGUGCCCCGGAAUGUAUGGUCUCAGGGUGGCGAGGCUCAAGAUUACGGCCCCCUGCUGCAGAAACUUGAAGGAGCCGUGGAGCUCGUCCGUCUGCAAGCCUCCCGCCAGCAGCCCAACUCUCAGGAGGAACACGUGGUCAGCUACUCUGCCUGCCUGUCGCCUGGAGGACCUUGGGAUGAACUUACCGCUUCUGUGCGUAAAGAACUGGCCUUGGCACUCCGGGACCUGCUGGCCCACGGACUGUACGCUCCUUCCCAGGGUAUGAGCCUAGUCCUUGCCCCCAUUUCCUGCCUGCUGCCCUUCAGCUCUUCUCCCCAGACCCUGCAUCCCUGGGAACUUUUUGUCAAGUACUAUCAUUCCAAAAACGGCCAGGCGUUUGUGGAAUCGCCCGCUCGACAGCUCUCUCAAUCCUUCAGUUUGCCUGUAGGGGACGGUCCUGUCACGGUCACGCCCAAGCAGUCUCUGUUAUGGGCCAUCCAUACAGUUCUCAAAGAGCAUGGACGAUUCAAGCGUAGUGCGGACUCUGAGUUUAAGGCCUUAGUGUGCAUGGCGCUCAAUGAGCAGAGGCUUGUGUCCUGGCUCAACCUGCUGUGUAAGUCUGGGACACUCAUCCACUCACACUACCAGCCCUGGAGCUACAUGGCCCAAACAGGCUUUGAAGGUGCCCUGCGCAUCCUGGGCCGCCUCAGCCAUCUCAAAUUCAGCCUUCCUGUAGAUUUGGCUGUCAGGCAGCUUAAAAAUAUCAAAGAUGCUUUCUAAACAAAAGAAAUGUAUGGGCAUUUUGGCAGGUUGAGGAAAAAAGGGAACCCUCAUAAUCUCAAAAAUUAUGAUUAAAAAAAAAAACACUAAUUACAAUAUAACACUAAUAUAUAGCUUAACACAUGUUUAAAUCAAAUUAAAAGAUACUCCCAAAUCAACAAGUCCACUGGAAUUAAAAAAUUGGAAAUGAAUCAACUUGUGCACUUUCUUGAGACUCUAUGUUGCUGUUGGGUCUUGUCUCUAAACUGAAGAGGAUGAUGAAGAAGUCAGGUUUUAAUAUGCUGCAUUGGUCACAACUAAAAGGAAAUGUGCUCAGUUUAGUGACCCUGAGCGUGUAACUGCCGCCACCUUACCUUUGAGCUUGUUAAGCUUUUACCAAAAUCAACCACAUUACUCUAUGUAGAAAUAUGAUUUAUUACUUGAAAU